CAUAAUCAUGUAUAACGAAAGUUAGCCAAUGUGCGGAUUUCCCCCAAAACGUCAUUGCAACCAUACAGACUUGCGAAACAUAAUAUCGGAAUUCCCAUGAGUAGAACAAUCCUCAACAGGGAGCAGUUUGACGCGUGAACAAAAAGUUGUACCUUGGACGCACGCGACCUAUAAUAUAAGAUCCGCCUAAAAUGUAUGGAUGUUAAUCAUUACAUCAUGCCUUAUUCAGUCACUGCGUCAUGACAGGAACCAUCAUGUUCCAAUUGGCAUUGAGGACAGACUUAUAUAAGAAGGGCUAGACGUCGACUAAUUGGCACAUUCUGACUUAGCUCAUAUUAUGCGACUGCUGUGCACCGGGCUGCAUGCUGCGGUACAUCACCUGUUGAAGAUUAGACUACGAUUUGGCUAUUUCGGUAGUAAAACAUUUUGACUAUUUAGUGACUUAGUCAUGGGGGGGAGUGCAGGAUCGAGGCUAGCAAGUCAUGACGAUUUGUUGAGAGUGAACAACAACUUCGGAGUAGUCAGUGAUUGGUUCGAGUCGCACACUAUCUCGAAGUGUGAAGAUACAUUGUGCGUGGGAGACAGGAUCGAGUUCCUCAGUGGCACUCUGCCGGGUACGCACUGGGGCAUCUACAUCGGCGAAUGGGACUCCAUACCCUGCAAUGUAGUCCACUUAAUUCCUGGCAACGAACGUGGGGCAGCAUGCUCAAAUAUAAAGAGUUAUUUGGGCGUUAGUCUCCCAGCGAGUGGUGAUGCACUCGUCGUUAACUCCAUCAGUAAAUUUAUCACGUUUCAUGGCGAUAAAGUAAGGAUUAACAACUUAAAGGAUAAAGAAUGCCCACCGCUAGGCACGGGAUGUAUUCGCAAGGAAGUCACGGAUCAGCUCAAAGAAUUACACAAGAGGUCUUUACGAGAGGAAGUGCACGUGUGCAGAGAUUCAUUCACAUAUUGUGAGGACUUUGUGAACUACUGUCGAUACCACAUCCGCCAGCCGGGGGGCGGCAUCAAACAAGCAGUUAACUUCGAUCCGAGCGACGAAAACGAAGAAACUGGCUCAACUUCGACUUCCUCAGGUGAUAGUCGCAUUAACAAAUUCCACAGGUUUGCAAGCGAAAAGUACAGAACGGCUGUUAAAACCCUCAGACGUGCACACGAGGGCUCGGUAAACUACUUUCGAUACCGUUUCUGGUGCAUUAAUUACCGGCUGGUCAGUGACUGGUGCAAUGACCCACGGUCAUUGCCUCCAUUUACUGUAGGUGACAGGCUGGAGUUCAGUCGUACCGGCCCGUAUGCACACUGGGGCAUCUACGUCGGCAAAUGGGGGGAAUACCACGACCAGGUAGUCCACUUCGCCCCGGCGAACGGAAACGGAAGCAUGUUCUUCACGAAAAAGAGUUGUUGUUCGGAGUCUUCGGCGGAAGACAAACCGGUCAUCCGUGUACAGUCAAUCUCGGAAAUCCUUCUGAAAAGGGUCAGAAUCAAUAACAGCAGAGAUAAUCAGUGGCGCCCCUUACUCAGGACAGGCAUUUUGGAUGCCAUCCAGUAUCAUAUGAAACGUCAAUCAGAUGGCCACACGCCGGUGUACGGUCUUUGCUCCAACAACUGCGAGCACUUUGUCAAUCGGUGUCGGUAUGGGGAACAUCACAGCGACCAGAUAGCACGGUUGACACCCUGGAUAUAGGGCCACACUGAGCUAAGAAGGUAAAUGAGUGAUGACACGGAGCAGUGUAGACUACGUCAUUCCUUAGACUACCGUGUGUCUAGAAUACCCACCCCAAAGUUGUCCUGAUCAGAAUUAUCCGGAUUUUUUGGCUGGUUCCAGAGGUGCCCAGAUAUAGUCUUCUUUGCAUCUUACUGAUUAAAUCGACUCCCUGACUGCCACUUAAGAAUUAUACUUGCUCAAGUUUCAACUUGAACCAGAGGUUUAAAUUAGGAUAAUCACUUAAACGCAAAUGGUUGGGCGGAGUUCUGCCCAUUAUAAAGCAGGCGCAUGAGCGGCGAAAAGCCAUUCUGAAUCUAUUGAAUAAAUUGUGUGUGUUCCGUUAUCAGCUUGCAUGGCUUGCCUUGCCUUGUCUUGUUUUAAAUUUGGGCGACAAAACAAGUUUUAAAUAUAGGAAUUUCAAUUGGAAAGAGCCGACACUCUUGUGUCCGUGAAAGGCGUCCAGUUACUAAACCCCGAAAACAUUGUCUAUAUUUUACACCCUUUUCUCAAAAUGUAUAUACAGGGUGUCUCAAAAAAUGUAGAAGUCAAAAAUAGUACUUUUUUUUUGCAAACUUAUCCACACUCAACCAAAAAUGAAAGUCCCCCAUUAAUACUUUUCUGUCUAACUCAAACACUACUGGGCACGUCUUGCUCAAACUACGACUAAUCAGUACAGAACU